CCCAGUGUAUCGCGGGCCUGGGAAGGUGUCAGUGAAGGAAGUGAGGGAGUACGAGUCAGUUGCCUUCUCGUGGCUACUCCUAUGAAUAAUGACGUAUACUUUUUUUAUUGUCUUGAAGACUAUGCUGCUUUUAUUUUUGUCUUUAAAAGUUUAAGGGGUUUGCUUAAAGCAACGAUUUACUUUUGUUUCUUUUUUACAUUCUUUUUCAAAAUUUACUGCUGGCUCAAGACUAUUUCUCUCCCUGGUUCUACUCUGAUUUGGUCGGUAAGCUCUAUGAUAAACAAGGCGCGUUUGAUCAAGUGGUAUAGGGCUUUCAAACCCUUUUCUUCAGACUCUGGCUCUCUUUAG